GAAGUUUCGUGACGACUAAAAAUUUUCUCCUUUAAAAGUAAGUCAUCAGACGAAUAUGAAUAUUUGCCUUCUUCACUCUCUCCUCCUAAACAAAAAAAUCAAUUUCACUUUGUAAAUGUAUCCCAAACAACAAGUUAGGAUUUAUAAUUACUCCCUAGACACCAUGAACAAGGACGAUAAUGUGGAGAGAAAGGAGACGAUGAUGAGGAUCGAUGAUAGAGGAAGAGGAGACGAAGAUGAAGAAGACAAGAAGAUUGAUACCUUCUUUAAGCUUAUCAAAAACUAUCAAGAAGCACGGAAACGUAGACGAGAAGAGUUAGCUGAAAAUUCUAGCGGCGUUAUGAAGAAAUCUAACGGCGGAGAGAGGUCCCGUAUAGUAGUUCCGGCGUUUCAGCCGGAGGAUUUCUCUCAGUGUCGUACAGAUUUGAAGCCAUUGAUGACUGUUUCGGAUCACAAGGAAGAAGAUACAAAGGUGAAACAAGAAGACGAAGCAGAAGCAGAAAAGCUAAAACAAGACAAGGCUUUAGAUCUUAAUCUUACAUUGUAGUAAACUAAUCUAUUGUUAUUUUAUUUUUUAUUUUUUUAAUGUUUCACUUAGUGUUUGUGAUUAGUAAAUCUCUCAUUUGACUAAACGCAGAGGUGUGUCCGAUUAAAUAAACCUUAAAAAACGAAUAAUUAAGCUCUA